AUGGCUUCGGUCCAUUACUCGAAAAGUUUAACUUGUUUUGUUGCAGUACUCCUCUUCAUUCAUAAGCAGGUACGGAAAAACCAUGCAAUGUGUAAAGCCUUUCCCUGCACUUUGAAUUUUAGGCUUUCGGGAAAGAUUCAGUGAGUCUGACCCUCUUUCUCUUUCGCAGACUGUAAGUGGAUCGGGAUCUUUUCAAAUCCACUUAAACUCGCUGAGAAACAUCAAACAUGAGAAAUCUAACGGUGAAUGCUGUGAUGGGAGGCGCACGAUACAUCAUGGACAAAGCGUGUGCAGUGACGAAUGCGACACAUUCUUCAGAGUUUGUCUAAACAAGCAGAACACGCAACACGAUUCGUCGACUGGUCCUUGUAUGUACGGCGAGUUUACAACCGUUGUUCUAAGAAGAAGUUCGAUCUCUUUCACGAACACCUCAUUGUCGAAUAAUGGAUUUCGCAAUCCGAUUUCUAUUCACCUCUCAAGCUUGUGGAAGGUAGGUCUAUGCAGUCUGUUCUUAGAAUUAAUUUUUGAACCGUUCAGACGGUGGUACGCAGCUCAAUUUUGGGGGAUGGCUCUUUUUCUUUGGUUAUUAGAAUUAUCUUGCUUAAUAUUGACUUGUGUGCGUGUGUGUGUGCGUGCGUGCGUGUUUGUGUUUUAAUGAAUAACAAAACUACAAAAGAAUAAAGUCAAUCUUGUUAAAGGGCCAUGAUUAGUUUUACUAUAAUGUGCCCUUCUCCAUUCUAAUUUUAUUCUUUUAUUAUCAUUAUUAUGUACACGUAGUUUAAGCAACUUUGUACCAAUUGAUAUUGUACAACUAAUGUAUGUAUGUGGUAAAAAUAAAAUACAAAAAAUACAGUUUCGAGAAUAGUUUAUUCUAAACCAUACGAAAAGAUUUAAUUAGAAGUUGAAUUUUUCGCUAUUUCUCUUUCACUUUUUACAUUCAGUUCAUUUGAUUUGCCGGAAGGUAAGCCUUAGAAAUUAAAAGGACGUUUGAUUGAUUCACGCUCGCGCAUUCUAGUCUUAUUUGAAACUUUAUAACGCAAGGACAUCUGUGAGCAGGGAAAAAGUCAGCACAGAAUUUGAUUGUCGGCAUUCAUGUAAUUGUCCAUCAAUCUGCUAGUGAUAAGCUAGUCGUUGUUCACUCGUCUUCCUUGUUUGGGGCUGAGUCUUAUUCCGGUCAAAGAGAGAGAAAGAGUGUCUGGCAAGGUUUCCAAUAUAAAUCAAAGAUUUGUGAACUCGUGUCUGGCAAACCUCCAAGUGUUUAUAUAUACACUGUUAAACGCACCUUAUAACCUCAUCUACGCUUAACGAGUGUCUUUUGGCCCAUAACUUUCAAAACAACUGCUCCACAGAAUGUCACUGCGUAACGCAAAAGAGUAUCGAAGUAUGACUGCACAAUAAAUGUCACAAAAUCUACCUGAGCCGUCCCUUCGGAAUUUUCUGUCUUUCACGUCAUCCUAACCAUUUCGUACUUGCGGGCGUAAACAAUAGAAACGUCAUCAUUGCCUAUCGAUUCCUCGCGGUCCCUGUUCGAGCAAAUGGAGAUUUUUUCUAGUAUACUGACUGUAUAUUUGAACUGUAAGUACUGUCCUUGAUAUACGCGCGAGUUACUAGGGUGCCUCCUCGGGAUUUCGCUUCUGGGCGAAAUCCCUGCGGGGGCAAACAUGUCGGCGUGUCCACAUCAACAAACCAAUGAGUGGUGCCGGAUCUCCCAGUUGUAGACCUGGAUCAGUACAAUUAUACCUGUAGACUAGGAGUAAUCAGAGCUUAGAAGAGUGCGUUCGAUAUGUUUGUAAGGCGUACAGGUAACAGUUGAGGAGGAAGGGUGGAUGGUUAUUGCGAUAGAUUAAGCCCGGUUUCCAUAUGAUCGCUACGAUCGCUGUGAUCGCUGAGAAAAAAAAAGUUCAGCGAUCAUAUGGAAACCACUCUCCAGUUAUCGCAGCGACAACGAUCGCUGAGAUUGUUGUCGCUGCGAUCGCUGGAGAGUGGUUUCAUAUGAUCGCUAUGAUCGCUGCGAUCGCUGAAGUUUUUUUUUCUCAGCGAUCGCAGCGAUCACAGCGAUGGUAUCGAUCAUAUGGAAACCGGGCUUUAAUGUGAUCAUGACAUAUUUUAAACGUAAGGAUUGCUUACAGCGAAACCUCUAUUUAAACAGUGUAUCAUUAUGAAAAAGCCUUGAAGGCUAGUGAUAUCGUAUGCUCCGUCUCAAUAAGCUGCAAUAAGUGCUGCCGUGAUUUGGUCGAGUGUGUUGAUUUCAGUGACUUAAGUGGAGCUACUGUGGGCUGUUUAUAAGUUUUUCCGAAUAAAUAACAUAGACCUAAAAUGUUCGUUUGUCCGGUGCCGAAAAUAUCACAAGUCAUCACGAAAUGGCGCCGCCGAGCUUCACAUCUCGGUAGAUUUACUUUGUGGCACAACGGCCGCCGAGCGACACAAGUCAGUAGAUUUACUUUGUGGCAUAACGGCCGCCGAAACUUUUGAAAGAUGAACGUUUUGAAAGAUUCAGCAAACACAGAUCGAUAGUAGACCUUCAGCAAAGUCUUAAAUAUGUACGUUUUACGAAGAUUCAGCACACUAUUAAAAGAUGAACGAGUUACGAAGACAGAAUAGCAGACCUCAGCAAACGUUUGAAAGAUGAACGCCGAGGACACAAGAAUCACCACGUGAGUUAGCGCGUCAAAGUGAGGCAAAACGAAAUCAAGCGCCUCAAAGCGAGGCAAAUGUGUGUCGACGACGACGACAAAUGCAAUCUCGAAAACACCUCCCUCAUUAAUUGCACAGGACACCCAAUAAUGCACAGAAAACCCAACACAAAUAAGAGGUUGCGUUCUCGUACCUCGAACGCAAAAAAUAUGAAACCGCAAACUGAUCCUUACGGCAUGGGAAAUGAAGAAGUAAACAAAAGAAUAAAACCAAAAAAUAUAUCUUUAAACAAACUGCCCAAUAUUUCGGUUUGAAAACAAAGCUUCUUCAGUGGCUAAAAAAAAAUUUCCGAAAUUCUCUUGAGUGACUCCUUCCCCCCCUCCCCCUUCCCCUCCCGAGAUAAGUUAACGAACGCUAUUAUAAUUGUUUAUUGCAGGCUGCGUACUCCUUAGUUUUGGAGGCAAGGGACGCAGACAAUUCGAGUAAGUUUUUGCCCAAAGGAUUCUAACUCGUUUGGAGCCUAGCUUGCAUUCAUAGGUCGUCUGAAUGUUUAUGUUUAUGAAAGCACUGGCUAAAUUGUUUUCUAUGCAUAACAACUUAAUUUUGUCUAUGUUGGAGACAAGGCAAGGAGCAUUAAUUGAACAUUAGAUCUUUAAUAACUUUCUCUAUAAUAUUUAGUGCAAAGGCAAUCAACAUUUAUUGAAUAUUAGGAGGCAAUUACUAGUAAGUUACGUUAUGAACAUGUUAUUGGCAUAAAAAUACGGUAUCCACUUUAUGCAGUUUCGUCAGGCAAAACAGUCCUUUCCGCCUCACAGCACUUUAACAACCUUUCAAACAAUCUUUUUUUUUUUGUUAUUUAUAUAUGUUGUUAUUUAUUAUUCACAUAUUAGGUAACGGUGAAUUAAUCGACCGAGUUAUACAGAGAGGGAGAUUACUUUCAAACAAGGAAUGGGAGUUGCACGCAUAUAAUAGUUCUGUUGUCACCAUCAGCUACAAGAUCAGAGUGAUCUGUGAUGCUGACUAUUAUGGAAAUCGUUGUAAGAAAUUCUGUCUGGCCCGAAACGACAACUCUGGGCAUUACACAUGCAAUAAGAAUGGAAAUAAAGUAUGCUUAUCUGGUUGGAGAGGAGAUCGCUGUGAUACAGGUAUUAAAUUUUCAGCUUUAUGGUUGUAUGUCAUCUUCUAUAAAUAUAUUUAUAGCAAGCACCCUACCGGCAGUGCCUGCCUUUGUCUUGUUGAGUGAGGAGGAGAAAAGGAUGUUUUUUGUGUGGUCGCCGCCCCGAAGCCUAUUUCCCUUUCGCACACGGUCUUUGCCAUGCGACCAUUGGUAACCAAGCCUUCAGUCAUGAUAGAUGUAAUUUAGUAUUUACCAAAUCAGUGAAUAGCAAUUUUCGCACGUUUUCAUUGGCUCCCGUAACUCGUAAUAUCCUUCACUGUUUUGCGACCGGAGCCAAGAUGGCGUCUAUUUUCGAGACAUUUCCGGCAGACGAAAUUUGUGCGAUAAAUGAAGCAGUCGUAGAAACAAAUGCCAAGAAAGCGACGGACUUUGGCUUGUCGGUGUUCACUGGUAGGUAGAAAAUUAUUUCCAUGCAGCAAAAUCGUAACAUAUAGAUUUAGCCAGAGCUAAAAGCGUAGAUACAGUUAAUAAAUGUAUAAUUUAAAUCAAACAAUAAACUUGUUUUCUCAGUCCACGAAUCAGUUAACUGGGGAGAUCCAUAUGACUUUUAAGGGUGGAUGCUUUUCUCGGAUGGAUGGUUUACCAAAUUUUCUUAGCUACUGCGGGGCUCCGCUCGCGCAUGUAAAGAGCUCCGCUAAAAUGCACUUGACAAAAUACCCCAAAUGUUUGUAAAUUGUAAACAAAGUUCCUACGAAGUGACGUUUUUAAUUUCACAGUGAAAAUCCGCGAGUAAGAACCGGCAUUUUCCCAAGUUAGGUUCCCAAGUCAGGUUCUUAUUAUAUUAUUAAUAUUAUUAUUAUUAUUAUUAUUAUUAUUAUUAUUAUUAUUAUUAUUUAAAGCAUGGUUUAGUAGCCAUGAGUAUUCAAUGCUAUUCAGCUUAUUCCUUGAUAUAUAAAAUGUGCAUACCACAUGUAUUUAGUGUUUAUGUAAAAAUGACCAUGAGUAAAAGAACUGAAGCACUGACCUCGUAAAUUUGAAGUGCUUUUGCCCAAGCGUACAGAAUUGUUUUAAUGUAUAUUUUAGAAAAUAAGAACCUGUUUUUAAUUUUAGGCUAAACAGCUUCUUGUUUAGAGGGGGCGUUAAUGGCAAAUUUUAGCCUACCAGGUUCUUACUCGCGGAUUUGUACUGUACGCAAUCUUGUUUCCUCUCAUGAAACUUUGUUUUCAAAACGUGUGAGCAUCCAACCGCAUAGCUGUUAGACCUAGGUUGGAGUAUUCCAGCAACAAGUAGCACAUUUUCAACAAAGAUCUUAUUCAAUUCAUGCAGGGUCUUUCUCGAAUACGCCAAAAUUGAGAAAGUAAAAGACAGGCUCCCUUGCAGGGUAUCUUACAAGUUGAACAUCCUUGAUUCUGCGAUCCGAUCCUUUUUUUCAUUGGUAUGGAGUUCCUUUUAAUAACUUGUGAUGAUCAUAACAAGUUGAACAAACUCCAGAAGAAAAAAGAGUCGAUCGUUUUGUGCUGCUGAAAAGCAAAGGAGGCCAGUUGCUAAACACAACCCAACCCGAUAUAAUAAUGACCGCAGCAGGAUUAGCUCAGGCGGUAGAGCGGUUGACAGCAGAGCGGGAGGUUGCGUGUUCAAUUCCUGAGGCCGCACCAAUACUCAGAAUCUCAAAAUAACUGAAGGUACCGGCUUACCUUGUCGCGUAAGACCUUUCGUGCGGCUCGGAUGAGCACGUGAAAUGGUGGUCCCGUCUUCAGUAGGAGACGUAACAACAGUGUCCACAAUUAGUACUUUAGUACUAAAUAUGUUGAUAGAAAUAGAUUGCAUUUUUGGCAAUUGAUAAUUUAGAUUACAUACUCUGAUUUACUGACCUUUCAAGGUACUAUUAAAUUUCCUUCCCGUAUAGGAGAUCCACCCACCUUUUCCGACCCAGAUACCUUAAAAAGAGCUUUCAAAGCAUGGCCAGCAAGUCACUCAGUGAAGUUAAGGUGUAAGGCAAUGGGAGCAGCACCUCUUAAAUACACCUGGCUAAAAGACGGGAAGAUUUUAAGAGGGAGAAGAUUGGACCCAUACCUGAACACUUCAAUUUGGUACUUGGAACUAAAAGACCUAAUACCUACAGACUCUGGGGAAUACACUUGUAUAGUGUCCAAUCCAUAUGGCAGUAUAAAUCAUACAUACUCGGUCAGGGUUCUGGGUGAGUGCAUGUGACAGUGAGGAGAGGAUGGUCUAAUCUUGAUCUAGUUUUCUCAUUUUUCUUGGAAUCAUUUCAUUUAGGCCGCACAGGGCUAACUCUCGUCAUCUUUUCAACAGCUAAACCACGAACAAGACCCAUUUUGCGGAAGGAUCUUCCAAGGAACAAAAGUGCACAGGUUGGGGAAAGUGUAACAAUGAAGUGCCUUGUGCUUGUAAGUGCGACACUUCCGGAUUUGAGAUGGCUGAAAUGGGACAAGUCUAUCACAUUCGUGUCAAAAAUAGGUGAUAACUCGAGAGAUGACGCAUUUCUGCUGAUAGAUCCCAAGUAUUACAGCACUAUCCAGCGAGGUGAAAGUUAUGAAUCCGAGUUGAAAAUCAGUAAAGUGACAGAAGAAGAUUUUGGACUUUACACCUGUUACGCGAGCAAUCAUAUCGGAGCAGAAUACAACAGCGCAUUCCUUAGCAGAUAUGCGAGACCCACAAGAGCGUUGCCAAGUGACAGAGGUAAGGCCAUCAAAGGGGCUAUGUCAGACUACUUGCUAUCUUUUUUAGAAGCAAAUCGUUUCUCGUAUCAAUUGAAUUUCAAAAACAAAUGGACCAGUUUUGUUAUUUACGACCAUAUUUAG